AAAUUUCGAUCUUCCUUUAAUAAUUUCAAUAAACUGAGAAGAAUAUAUCGAUAUAUAACUCUUUAAUUCUUCUACUGGUUUAUUCUUCAUCCACUCAUUUUGAUCACAAAUGUAUAAAAUCCUCAGCAUGGUCAUUAUUAAUAAUGGAUAUGCAGCUUCCGCUCGAAUACUAGGAAUCUGUCAAACCCAAAGGGCCUGCUGGAGCACAAAGGUAAAAAUUUCAAUCGCAUAAGGCACGAGUACAAGCCAUAAGUCUCUCGUCACUGUUUCCUGGAACCCUCUAAUAUCUGAUGCAGAUGGUGCGACAGUCCCCAGCUACUUUUCCCGAAGUUCGCCACGGCGGUCCACGGUGAGUCUAAUAUUAAAUCAUACUGUCCGAUCAAUGAAGAAAUCUCGUCACGCCCUACGGCGGAGCAACGAUUGUCAAGAUGGAUCCAGCGUCCCUUUGAAAACGCGGUAUAACUGCAACUUCAGGGAUCAACGGAAAAUCGAGUGUUCCCUGGACAGAAAAGAAUCGUUACCGCAGGGAAUCUUCAAACCGCUGCGCGCUCGUAACGAGAAUCGAGCUCUCGAGCUCCGCUCCUCGACUUCUGACCUUCUGCCGCGAAAACCGCUUUCCGGUUCUACGACCGUCUGGGGACCUCGUGCGGAUAUGUCUGCUAACAAUGUAUACGAACGACUACGACGACGGCGAGCUUAUGAAUUCCUAUAUUAAAUGGAGCAAAAGACUCGCGAGACUCCAUCAGCAUACCCUGCGAAUCUAUCGGGAGAACGAACAGAUGCAUCGGAACGAUGAAGAAGGUCAGUGUUAUUCGACUAAUUUCACUGCUUCGCUGGCCGAUAGUUAGGUUAAACUUCGAGCUGGAUCAGCAAACCGUCGAUACGAAAGUUUGCUUUUAUUGCAAUUGAACGACAUGAGAAGGGAAUUAGAGUGUCGAUACCCUCUUAGCGCCGAUCAAGAAACUCGCGUGGUAUCUGAGCGAGAUGUUCCAAACGUGUUCUAUGUAGUUCGCUGAAGUUUCGGAGAAACAAUUAUGAUAAUCUUUUAGAAUUAUUAGAAGAUUCAGAAAGGGAGAAGAAAUAAGAAAUAAAAUUGUUAUCUAUUUAAAACACGAAGAAGAUGUAACCGACUACGAUAUAUCGCUGUUCGGCACUGAGAGGUUGGACUUCUAUUCGCUGGUUGUGUCGUCUUCGCGCGCGUUAUAAUCCGUCGUUUCGUAAUCAGUAUUAAAUUAAUCAACUACGAGUUUCAAUGGAGUAGCAGGCCAAUGCAUUGUCGCCGGCGGAACGAUAAUUCGAGACGAACUCGCAACUCCGUCGUGCAGGAUAAUUAAUUUUCGUUGUUAUUCGGAAGCUGCCGAGUCAGAUUUCGCGCGCAGCUGGAUCGGAGGGUCUCCGAGAAACGAAUUCCGGGGAUGCCGAGCCGCGUCGGCCUACUUUGUCUGUUAAUAACAGAAAAUUUUGGUGACUGUUUAAUCUUCGAGCAGACAAACGAUCUCGACAGAGAGCGAGACGGUGAAGGCCGAAGAGGAAUUCUGCUCGAAGUGCAGGGGCGAAGAUGACGAGCACCCGGCCACGUUCCCGCACAUACAGGAUCUCUGUCCUGCCGACAGAAGACGGAUCGCGCAGCUGGUUAAGCAGUUGAUUAAGUAAAUUCCCCGUUGGCUUGUCAUGCACCGCGAUCCCGUUGCCGACCCCCCCUCCCUCCUCGAGCUCCGUAAAUUUUCCCCCGAGGACUCUCAACGACUAGAAUUUUUACUGAAUAUUCAGUAAACCGCGACGCGUCGAGGACAAUUUAUUUCACCUUCUCAGCAGUUCCUCGAACAGAGUCACUUUUCAUCGCGAAAGAUUUGCACGAUAGCCCAUUACGUUCUACUACGACAAAAUUACCAUGCAAAAAUCCCUUUCACUCGUAAAAACGCCAAUUACUCAAGGUUCGAGAUCCCUUUGCAGUAAAUUAAAAGCCGUUUUUCAAAAUUCAUCAAAGUGAAAAUAUUCCCCGAAGUUCCCCAGGUUUAUUAAACAUUUACAGUACUUCGACGAGUCUGACUCGUAAUUGAGAUUUCUACUAAUAACCUGUUAAGUAUGAAUGUCAAUCCGUUCCUUUAAUUCAGAAGAAGAUUCUGUUCCCUUGCCAUUAAUAGUUAACCAGCUAACUGUUGUAAUCUCUUUUGAAAAGUGUGCAAGUUCCUGCAAUUGUUAGAUUAUUAUUAUCUGUGGCAUAAUUGAGUAGUUCCAGUUCAGAAUAGAAGAAAGAUUCGAGAGGAUUUUAAAGUGUCAAUGCAUUGUUUUCAAUCUAUUAGCAUUAUUAAGAGAAACAAGAACUUUCUGUUUUCUUCCUAUUUCCUGCAAUUGACGUAAAUCAUUUUUAUUUUGGUACAGCAAGUGGUUAACACGAAUUUUCCAUCGAAGUUCGAUUUCUUUUUACCGAGUACAAUUAGCAGCCCAACGACGCAGCCGAGUCAUUUGGUAAUUAAUUCGAGAUGAAAGUCGAGAAAAAUGUAUUGAAAGUGGUACACAAAUGAAAUACGGUGAAACAGAUUAGCUUCUAGGUCUCUUGGCGACGUUGCUGUCGUGAAAGCGAAAUAUCGGUGGCUCGUAAAAGAAAAAUUAUACGCUGAGAUUAAUAGCCACGAGGGUAGAACAAAAGCCUAAUUACGAUGCUGUCAACGCUGUCAACGCUGCCAGCUGCGUCGCAACCAAGGCCCGUUCACGUCUAUACUUUACCUUCGUGCUUUCCCGAAACUCGGAUAACGUCUCGGAAGUUGACCGCUUAUUGGAACGUUCCUCAUGCGCCGUUUAAUUCGUCGGAUUAGUUAGGUUUUCUCGGCGCGGUGACAUUUAUCACCGAGAACGGGUUCGCGUGUCCCAGCAACAACCAUUAAAACUUCGACAGCGCAAUUUGUCGAGGUCCCGGCGAGCUCUGUCGUCUGCGUUCCCAUUGGCCGGCUCCAUUAAAGGAUUAGCCGAGAUAAUUCUUCGACGAUCUGCAUAUCAGCGUUUCGGGGUCGGCUGGCUGGGUUCGAUUUCGAUUAAGAUAAUCGCAGCGUAAUCGUCGCUCGCGGCUGUUGCGCCGGCGAACGAAAUAAUGGAAAUAAAAUUACGCCGGGAGCCGAGGACCUCGGAGUCUUGAACGAGACUCCGUCUCCAAACAGAAAAGCUCCGGUUUCCCUACCAGUACGGACAAAAUAAAUCGAGUCGCGCGAUAUUGCCCGCAGCUUUCGUCGAUCGUUCUCCCUGUUCCCGCGACCCGACCUCGCGAAACUUACUCUUUCACGUCGCAGGUGCACGAAGGCGAUGCACGACGCGAAGUCCGAGCUGAUUGUCAGCGAGUCGGAGAAGGAGGCAAUGAGAAGUCAGUACCAGAAGUUGCUGAGUCAACGAGAGUCGGAGGUGAAGCAGCUCGGCUUCCAACUGCAAGUAGCUCGGACAGAGGCCAGCGAGCUGAAGACACGGAUUUCACGGAUGCUGGAGCUGCUAACGGGACAGAUUGCUGCACAGGAGAAACAAUUCCUCGGGCUGACGGAGACGGUGAGAGACCUCGUACGAGAAAAGGCGCGGUUGCAAGACGCGCUCCAGCAGAAGCAAAUGGAAUUCGACGUUCUCGAAAGAAAAUUCCAAAGUACAAUAAAGCAGCUCGAUGCGGAAACGCUCGAACGGCCCGAGAAAAGCGCGGAGAAGAUUCAUCGAGCUUGUCAAACCGAACAGAUAGUAACAUCAACUUCGUGUAAGAGAGGAUUGCACGAGAAAUCGAGUAAGGGAGCCGUUUCGUGUCAGACGCAGAAUCUGAAAAUUAAGAGCAAGGAGGACCUAGAAGAGCCCUCCACGGACGGAACGCUGCUGAGAGAGCUGUUCUUCAGGAAACCGUGCAUCGAUGAAAACGGGACCUUGGAUAUCAUCCCGGUUCUCUCGGAUCUCGAUCCAUGUAUACAGAUGAAACGGUCCAGCUCCGCUCUUUUCAUUUAAAACAUCUUGUUUCGUAUGCGUACAAUUGUCUAAUAAUUAUAUGUGAUUCGUAUUUCAUUACAUCAUCAUUUUGUUUAA